AUGGCUAUGGGAUUGUUAGCUAUAGCUCCAUUGACAUUGUUGGUAACCUUUUCUCAUUUGACAAUUUCUAUAACAGCAGUUGACCCUAUUGCAGCCACAGGGAAAGAACCCAUUAUUGAGUUAUUCAUGCAUGACAUUCUUGGUGGAAGUAAUCCAACUGCCCGGCCCGUAACCGGUUUGCUAGGUAACAUAUACAGUGGUCAAGUGCCGUUUGCAACUCCAAUCGGAUUCAACACUCCGGCAGGUGGGACUCUCAUCCCUAAUGCCAAUGGUGCUAUUCCCACCGUCAAUGGCGUUACCGGUAUCCCGUUAGGAACUGGUUUGGCUGGUACUUCCUUUGCACCAAACAACAACAACCAAAACAAUGUUCAAAUGCAGUUAGGACCUGAUGGACUUGGACUAGGAUUUGGUACAAUCACUGUUAUUGAUGAUAUACUUACAUCUCAACCUGAAUUAGGUUCCCAGAUAGUUGGAAAAGCACAAGGUGUGUAUGUGGCAAGUUCAGCAGAUGGGAGUAGACAGAUGAUGGUAUUCACAGCUUUGUUUGAAGGAGGGGAAUAUGGAGAUAGCUUGAACUUUUAUGGUUUGUAUAAAAUAGGAAGCACCAUGUCACGAUUAUCAGUAAUAGGGGGCACAGGAAAGUUCAAGAAUGCAAGGGGGUUUGCUGAGCUGAGACCUCUUAUCCCACCAGGGCAGAUUGCCACUGAUGGUGCUGAGACAUUGCUGAGGAUCAGUGUCCAUUUGACCUACUAG